ACCAACUCUCAACUUUUGCUGCAGUUUUCAUCCCACAGGUUGUUAGAUGCCGCUGCAGGACCUGGACUCUGGGACACCUCCAGCCACAUUGCACUGACCAGCAAGCAUCACCCUACAGGUAUGCAGCAGCGGGUGGGAGGAAUGACUCCUCAAGCCGAGUUGGCAAGGCAAUGCUUGGAGCUGAGUGAGAAUCUGCCUGAAAAAUCAUGCCCUGGCGUUAAGGAAUGGAAAACACUGCAUUUAGCUGCCUGGAAUGGGAAUACAAGACUUGUAAAGCAAUUGCUGCAACAGGGAGAAGCUGUAGACUCCAGGGAUGGGCUUGGCUGGACUUCUUUACACUGUGCAGCAGCAAACGGCCAUUUGUCUACUGUGAAGUUGCUGAUUCAGCGUGGAGCGUUACUAAGUUGCCAGGAUGGCUCGGGCUGCACACCUCUCCACCAUGCAGCGCACAAUGGCCACACUCAUUUGUGUGAACUCUUGCUGCAACGUGGAGCAAAUCCCGGCGCCACCACUAAAGGGGGGCUUACGCCUCUCCAUUUAGCGGCUUCUAAUGGGCACACACUCAUCACACAGUUACUGCUGAAGCAAAACCUAGACCCUUGUGUCGGUGACAACAACCAGUGGAGCCCCUUACACUGGGCAACAGUGAGCAACCACUUCCAUAUAAUUGAGCUAAUGAAAGAAUAUGGAGUGCCGCUGGAUCUGGAAGCUUCUGGAAAUUUAGCCCCAUUACAUAUUGCUGCUGAGACUGGUAGACUGGAAGCUUUGGGCUAUCUGCUGGAUAACAGAGCUGACGUGAACGUAAAGGAUCAGCUGGGAAGGACACCACUUGCAAUAGCAGCAGGGAAUGGAAACUUAGAGGUUGUCAGGCUGCUGUUGGAAAAGAAUGCAGGGAUUGAUGAGCAGGACAAGCAUGGUCGAACAGCCUUGCACAGGGCAGCAGGGGCAGGUCACCUCCAUGUAGUUAAAUUGCUUGUUCAAAAUGGAGCUUGUCCAAACCAAAGGGACAGUUUAGGAUUAACUCCAGUCCAGAGAUCAGCAGUGUGUGGACACGGCGGUGUAUCUGCCUUUUUACAGGACCUUGGAGGAUUAUUAGAGAAUGGAAAUGGCAUCUAAAAUAUACUGUUUAUGUAGGAAAAAGCACCUUUAACACUGCACAGGAACACCUUUUGGGAAACACUGAAGGCUGGAGAAGCUUGUUACAGUAGCUGAAUCAGGCCAUUUAUGAGACUGACCGCCAGCCAUGAGUAUUUCAAUGAAUAACCAUCAAUUUGUGCUUUCUAUGGUUUUUAUUCAAAGUGCUAUUUUUAAAUUGCAGGGUAUUUUGCCUGGAACACCUACCUCCUAAUUUUUAUAAUGAAGAAUAAAUAGGGACAAUUCACACAUCGGGGUUCAGUGAACUAGUAUGGUACAUAUUCGGAGGUCUUGGUUUAGUCUUGGUCUAUGUCUCUGUCAGCAUGAGCAUCUUUGAGUCUGUAACAUGGCAGAUAAAUAGAAUGCACAUUACUUCAAAUUCUGACACGCCACUAUUUGUUGAUCGAUAGGCUCAAUAGUGAGUAUCAGCUGUUAAAUUCACUCGUCAACAUAAAUGGCUAAAUUUCUGCAUUAUUCACUUGAUUGUAAUGUUCAAGGAAUUGACUAUAUGGACCACAUUGCCAGUAUAAGCCUGAACCAGUUGCUAAAUUUCACUAGCAGGUUACCCAUAGCAACCUAUAAGAUGUUGUUUUUUAGCUUCUAGCUGUAGUAGACCAAUUACAACUAAUUGUAAAUUAAUUGUUAUUGGUAACUGCAGCAGUACAAAUCAGCUCUUAAGUAACAGGCAUUUUAGGUAUUCUUUGGACUGAUAGCUAGGCUUUUAUACCAGGCAAUGUUACAUUCUUUGUUCUUUGUCAUUUUACCUGUUUUUGUUAUAUAUAUAUAUCACCCUUCACAAAGUAAAGCUUCAACCUUCAAAACUGAA